CAAACAGGAUCGACCUCUCUCUUUCUCUCUCAGCCCUCCUGCCGCAGACACCCACCUCAGAGGGAUGUCACAGCUGAAAGCAAGCCAGUCCUCCUCGGUCUGCAUGAAAAACAAGCACCGCGCCACCGUUUUCCAUUUUUACGCACGGGGUGUUUACUUCUUUUACGCGCCGUCCAGAGACAAAUCGCUCCAAUUCCGGGCCUGUUGACUGUUGUCUGCCAUCUAACUGUUCUUGGUGGGAAUAAUGAUUCCAAGCCCGGUCAUAACUUCUUCUACCACGCCUUUUUCUGUGAAGGACAUUUUGAAGUUAGAGCUGCAGCAGCAAUCUCAGCAGCAGCAGCAGCAGCUCCAGUUCAUCUCCUGCUUCGGUCUCUCCGGUGCGCUGUCGCAGCCGGGAGCUUUCCCAAAUAAAUCCUACCGCUCUCAUUCGCCUCCCUCCUGCAUGCUGGCAGCCAGAGACAGUCCGAGUCCCAUCAGCUCCUGCCUCUCGGAGAGCGAGGAGAGGAUGUCGUACCUCAACACGCUGAGUGUCCAGGAGCGGCUGGUGGAGUCCGGUCUGCCGGUGGAGGUGUUCGGUAACCCGGGACACAACCAGGCUGCAGAGCUCCGGCUGGACAACGAGCAGGAGGAGCAAGACAGCAAGAGCUGCGCUGCGUUGCGGGGUGACUGUGAGGAUCCAGACUCGGAGAAAGCCGCCACCAAGCAGCAGAGGACCAGGAGGAAACCCCGCGUCCUCUUCUCCCAGGCUCAGGUGUUCGAGCUGGAGCGGCGCUUCAAGCAGCAGCGUUACCUGUCCGCCCCGGAGAGGGAGCACCUGGCCAGCUCCCUGAAGCUCACCUCCACCCAGGUCAAGAUCUGGUUCCAGAACAGGAGGUACAAAUGCAAGAGGCAGCGGCAGGACAAGACUCUGGAGAUCGCAGGCCAUCACCAUCACCACCACCAGCCGCCGCCGCCGCCUAGGAGGGUGGCCGUGCCAGUGCUGGUCCGAGACGGGAGGCCUUGUCUGACUGGAUCCCAGAACUAUAACCCUCCUUACACAGUCAGAGCUCCAAACCCGUACAGCUACAACAGCUAUCCGGCCUACAGCUACAACAACUCGGUGUAUACCAACACUUACUCCUGUACUUACUCUAGUUUACCUGCUCUCCCUCCGAGCAACACCACCGCGAAUGCUUUCAUGAACAUGAAUCUGGGAAACCUCGGCGCACAGACGCAAAGCCAACCGCCUCAAGGAGCAGUGGUCACACCCUGCCAAGGAACUCUGCAGGGCAUCCGGGCUUGGUAGCGCGGCGUUUACGCGCAGUGACAGCUCUGAGAGACUCCUCUGGGUGGAUGAAUGGACUCGCGCAUGCAAACCCGGUGAAACAAUGCAAAUAAAGCACAAUUUCAAACUCAGCAACGCAUUACAGGAAGUCAGCGUCAGCUGGCUGUAGUUUAAAAGGAGGAAUAUGAAGAAAAUGUAAUUAACUGACUGAGAUAAUAACGCAUACAUAGUUUACGCAUUUUUCUCUGAGCCGCAAUGUUUAGAAAACUGUUGGGUUAUUGUGGGAAUUAAUGUCGCCAAUGCGCAAAAGCUGUGCGUAAUGGUUCAAAAUGGGCGUAAUGUGCAUAAAAAUAAAUGGAAAUUGUAUGGAUAUUUUUAUGUACGCAUACACGUUUUUCUUUCCGGAUUUUUUUUCCAAUUUGACUCCUAAACUGAAAGAAAACAACAAUAUGGAGCACAAAUACGAGAAAUCCUACUAGUGUUAUAGUGUUUUGGUCCCCCCCCCCUUUUUGACAGUGUGAUUUGUAUUUGGUCGCCAGUUAUUGUUUCUACUCUAAAACCAUGUGGGUGACACUGAAAGCCCGAUGUCCUGAAUAAAACCUUUAGGCAACAGGACUCAAGUUACAAAUGACAUAACGAAGAAAAAUGAGCAGUGGUGACACAAUUAAAUGACAUAACAAGAACAACGACA